GAACACGGUGCCUCGGGUUGUGUACACGCUCCACUGACAGAGCUUCUUGCAGCCGGGCAGCCGCUGAUCACGCGUGGCCCCGCCAGCCCAUUGGCUGAGGCCUCACACACCUUUGCCGCUGAUUGGUCGACACCACGCCCCGCCUUCCACCCCGCCCGCGGCGCGGGGCAGGCAGAGCGGCUACCUGCAUGGGGAGGGGGGCAGACAGCGCGGAGCGCGGUGGCGUCGACGUCUAGUGUCUCAGUGCUCCGUCUGUGGCUAGGCAGCCAGCAGCCAAGCAGCUCGCGACCUACGGCCAGGCAGCCAACCAUGCUUAACUUCGGCGCUUCUCUCCAGCAAGCUUCGGAGGGGAAAAUGGAACUAAUUUCUGAAAAGUCCAAAGAGGGAGCACAUCCCUGGGACAAAGCUGAACAGAGUGACUUUGAAGCUGUGGAAGCGCUCAUGUCCAUGAGCUGCGACUGGAAGUCUCACUUCAAGAAAUACCUUGAAAACAGGCCUGUCACACCAGUGUCUGAUACCUCAGAGGAAGACAGUUUGCUUCCAGGGACGCCUGACCUUCAGACCGUCCCAGCAUUCUGUUUGACUCCACCUUACAGCCCCUCUGACUUCGAACCCUCUCAGGGGUCAAAUCUGACGGCACCAGCGCCACCUACUGGUCACUUCAGAUCGCUCUCCGAUGCUGCCAAGCCUCCCAGCAUCGCUCCUUUUAAAGAGGAGGAAAAGAGCCCAUUAGCUGCCCCUCCCCUCCCUAAGGCUCAAGCCACCAGUGUCAUCCGUCACACAGCUGAUGCCCAACUCUGUAACCACCAGUCCUGCCCUGUGAAAGCAGCUAGCAUCCUCAACUACCAGGACAAUUCUUUCCGGAGAAGAACCCACAUAAAUGUUGAGGCUACUCGAAAGAACAUACCCUGUGCUGCUGUGUCACCAAACAGACCCAAGCCUGAGCCCAGCACAGCGGCGAAUGGCGCUGAGAAGGCGGGCACUGCGCCGUAUGACUUUGCUGUGCCUUCCUCAGAGACAGUCAUCUGUAGGUCUUCUCAGCCAGCUCCCACGUCCCCAGUACAGAAGUCAGUACUGAUGUCUUCGCCUACAGUGUCCACUGGGGGAGUGCCACCCUUGCCUGUCAUCUGCCAGAUGGUUCCCCUUCCAGCAAACAACUCUCUCGUUACCACAGUUGUCCCCAGCAGUCCGCCCAGCCAGCCACCCGCUGUCUGCUCACCCGUGUUGUUCAUGGGCACUCAGGUGCCCAAGGGCACGGUCAUGUUUGUGGUACCCCAGCCCGUUGUACAGAGCCCAAAGCCUCCAGUGGUGAGCCCCAAUGGCACCAGACUGUCUCCCAUUGCCCCUGCGCCUGGAUUCUCUCCUUCAGCAGCAAGGGUUACUCCCCAGAUUGAUUCGUCCAGAGUAAGAAGUCACAUCUGUAGCCACCCAGGAUGUGGCAAGACUUACUUUAAAAGUUCCCAUCUGAAGGCCCACGUGAGAACACACACAGGGGAAAAACCUUUCAGCUGCAGCUGGAAAGGCUGUGAAAGGAGGUUCGCUCGUUCCGAUGAACUGUCCAGACACCGGCGGACACACACAGGUGAGAAGAAAUUUGCCUGUCCCAUGUGUGACCGUCGGUUCAUGAGAAGUGACCAUUUAACCAAGCAUGCCCGGCGACACCUAUCAGCCAAGAAGCUGCCAAACUGGCAAAUGGAAGUGAGCAAGUUAAAUGACAUCGCUCUGCCUCCGGCCACAGCGUCGGCACAGUGACGGCCAGAAGAUGGAGACUCAGAAUAAACUUUGGUCAGAGUCAGGAGCCGGUGACCGUGUCAAAUGCUUCUGCAAGUCUGCAGCCCUCCAACAGGGCCUAAAGCAGAAGCCCCUGGCCUGGGGGGAGGCCCAGCCUGGGUUAGAUGACGAGAAGUGCUUCAGCCACAGGCAGUUCACAGAAGGGCGGGGUUCAUUUCUCACCACAUAGAGAGAUGAGAACGCUCGUGUCCCUUGAGUAGUUUGGAAGGUUUCGGAUGAGAUGAGCACAGCACAGGUUUUGAAUCACAUACACAUCGGGUACUUUGUUUUUGCCGUUUAUACUUGAGACCAGCUUUGCAGUGUGAUUCUUUUAAAGCGUUGGUUUCGAGAAUAUAGAGGCUGAAAUUACGGUACAGAAAUGGAGCUAGAAAGUGAGUUUGUGUCAUCUUCUCCUAGAGUUAUCUUGCUUAUUAUUCCUAGUCUUUACAGUCAACUCCGUGGACGUGGCUAAGUAUAGAAAACUAUCAUUUCUUCCACUGUUGUUGGUAUUUGAGGUUGAACAGCUGUACAUUGCUAAGGGGAGCCCAAGGAUUGGAACUCUCAUUAAUUUAAUUGCUUGGAAGUGCAGCUAAAGUUCUUUUUUUGGCCUUUUGUUUUGAAAGUUUAGGCAUUUUACUCUACCUUAGAUAUUAGUUUGCUUGCAGUUUUUUGUGUAGAUUUGAAAACUGUACACCAAUGUGUUUCCUAUAGACUUAAGAUAUGCUGCGCUUUGUUUAGAAAACAAUCUGGCGGUGAAAUAUGUGUCGUAAAGAAGAGAUGUCAAGAAUUUGAGAUGACUCCUUGAGAAAGAUGGCUUAUGUCAUCAGCCAAGGACACUUAUGUCAGACGUACACUGUUUCUAUCAAAUCAGGAAGUUAGUGACCAUCACAGAUGGACAGGUGUCCUUUUAUUUAUAGGAGUUUGUCAGGAUGUCUGAGUAGAUAGGUAGGAAAUUGUUACUAGAACAUUCACUUCCGACUUGACAAGGAUAUUCAUGGUGCAGAUACGUUCUUCCUGCCGCUGCAGUGUCUGGGUGUCCGGGAGACUCCGAGACUUUAAAGUGUCAUAAUGUGGUCACACCUGCAGUUCUGGGGAUCCAGAGCCUUGCUUGUGUUCUGUAAGCUCUGUCACCGAGUUGUAUCCCCACCUGAAAGCAGUGACUUUUGCUAACAGUAUUUCUGUUCUGUUGUAAAGUGGAUAGAAGACACACUUGGUAGUAAAGGUAAAUUAUUCAAAGUCCACAGUGAAAAACUCACCAUACCUUCCCAUUUAAACUGUUUCUGUAUCUCAUAGGUUUCUGACAUGCAAACUUGAACCCUUGAAAAAAAGUUUUCUUAAAAAUUAUAAAAAAAAUCACGAGUUACAAUUUGCACAAUAUUUUUUGUUGUACUUUAUACCUUGUUUACAAUAAAGACUUUUCUUUGGUAUA